ACCAAUGUGAUGUACAAAUGGGGUUAUAUGUAUGUCCAUUGAUGUUUGAUAAGGAAAACUUUGCCUCUGCUUUGUUUAUGCGAACAUUCUGAAGCUACUCGCCAAUGCAAAUUUGUUUUUGACUAAUCAAUCAAAUGUUCAGUACGUGACUAAUUUAAUUCGUUAUAUCGAAACGUUGGACAAAUUACCUGUUCCAAUAUAAAUGUCAUGUGAGUUUGUAAUUUAAAUUAAAAAUAUCGAUGAUGAUGGACAUAUUUUGUCGUAUUACAUAAGUCGUUACAUCAUCCAUCUUUCGAUGGGCAAUUCAGUGAAUAUUUCAUGGACUUCUCGAUCAACUAAGGAUAAAAGCAGUAAUUAGUUGCGCAGUAAAUAAAACGUAGGAAUACAUAGGAAAACGAUAAAACAAUGUACGUGUAUAAAACAAAAACACGUUUAAGCAAUAUUACGGGUGCAUUUCUGGGCCGGGGCUAACCAUUUAACUAUGUGAACAUAAUUUGCACCUGACAAUGUCAAGUGCUUACUAAUACUAAUAUCAUUUAUCAUGUAUUUAGCAAAAUCAAUACUAAACCAAGUUCAAUGCAGAAUGACACUUAAAUUUGCCCCGAAUUUGAUAAGCUUUGUUAUUUUACCAUGAACUUACGAACGAGGUUCUCGCUUUAUGCUUGGUGCAAAUAUUUCCUCAAAUUUGUAUAAUGGAUCUCUUGGAUUCUAAGCUAUUUGGGGAAGGACACAAACCCAAACUUUUAGGAAUUGGUGCAAACGGGUUAGUUUUUAGAUCUAAGGACAACACUGCAAUAAAAGUGACAUUUCUGGAUUAUGAAGAGAGGCCUGAGAGGUUACAAGAACGGAUGGACAGGGUUCGCGGCCGCGAGUAUGACGCACUUAAAGAAAUACAUCAUGAAAAUGUCAUUAAGAUGACUGCUUGUUGGGAUGAUACGAUAACAAAGACGAUGCUAAGUCGUCUCACUUCGUGUUGUGGAGACUUAAAAACUGCACCAAAAUUCUUAACUGAACAACUUAAUAAGAGAACUAGAGAUAUUGACAGACACACCGUGAUCAGAGCUAUCUGUUUCGAAAUGGAGCUGUGUGGUCCAACAUUACGAGAUUGGUUAAACUGGGUUCAAGAAGUGCAAACAGAAUCGCUAUCCAAACGGGGAAAAAUUGAAAAGUUCACAUUAUAUGAGAUCAGCUCAAUGCAGGCCUCUGUUGCGAGAGGGAUGUUGGACGCUUUAAAAUUUUUGCACGGAUAUGGUGCAGGAAUAUUGCAUCGGGACUUGAAACCGGAAAACAUUAUGUUUUCAUAUAGCCAAAAUGGUGAAUUCACCCUCCCCAUAAAAAUCGGAGACUUCGGAUUAUGCUGUAAGCUUGAACCAGAUGCAAAUAACAACGCCUUCAGGGAUGGAAAUCUGUCAGCAAGUCCUCAUUCAAGUCCACUUUCUAAACUUUAUCAAGCUCCAGGAACGACAUCUUCCACCUACAAUAUAAAGUCGGAACUUCAUUCACUAGGUCUUGUCUUGUACGAACUUUUGCACCCGAUGAGUGUCGAAAAACUUCAACGACGCUUCGAAAAGUUGAGUCUGAAUCAUGAUUACAGCGAUCUUCAAGACCAUUUCGUCCUAGAUAACGUCAGAAACCUAAUUUCUCGUCUGACCAGCAAAGACUCUCCCUACACGAGGCAGAUGAAUAUUCGCGAUAUUACGAUAAACUCGAGAGCAAAAUUAGCCACUAAUUCGACCCAGCUAAAAAAGAUGUUACUUAAUGCGGCCGAGGGCGAAUUAAUUCAAAUUGCGGGUGGGGUAUAUCUUGGCAGGUUUGAAAUUAAGACAAAACGUGUCGUUCUCGAAGGUGGGAUCGGCGGCAAAACGAUCCUGAAGUUUACACCGCUCCCGAAAAAUAGCCUGUUACCCGCUCUGCUAAUUUCUGCGGAUAAGUGUCUCGUCACAAACUUGUCAAUAGAAGUUAAAGGCUCAGAACAACAAGGUCUAUUUGUCCAAUAUAUGGGCGUGAAAAUUAAAGGCGAGGAAAAUACGUUGCAUAAAGUUUGUGUGACGCAUGCUCAUAAUUCCGUCAAAAUCCUGGGUAGUUCAAAUACUUUGCAAGAGUGUGAAUUUUUACACGCAGUUCAUGGCGUGUAUGUUAAGGGGAUGGAAAAUAGAAUUAACCAGGUCAGACUGAGGAAUAUUUCUUGGCUUGGGAUAGACUUGUAUGGCAAUAAUAAUAGGAUUAUGGAUCUUGACUGUGACCGAGUUACGCACGGGAUUAAGAUUGAUAAGGGAUCGAUGAGGAAUUUUAUUAAGAAAUUUACAUUUGUUAGGAAUCCGGAUGUGGGGGAAAAUGUGAAAGUUGUUUGGGUCAGGAGUGGGGAGAAUAAUGAGAUUAGUCACCUACAUUGCACAGGUUUGAGGCGUGACUUGGAGGAUUGGGGUCUGUUAACGGAUCGCUCGUCUAGAGGAACGGUGGUCAGGAAAAGCCAUUGCGGCGAUGUGAUGGCAGAAGGAGGGGGGAAUGUCUUUAGAAAUGUGCAUUUCAGUCAGAUUUUUAGGGGAAAGGCGAGUGCGAUGGAGAAUUGUACGAUGGGAGGAGUUCCAUACCCAUGAAGAUAAUAUUUGUGUUCUUAUUUAGCCUUGUGAUUCUGAUUAAUCGGGAAUUUUGCAUAACGUUUUAAUUGUGUAUAUAAUUUAAUGCGAACCAUUAGAUAAAAUAUCUGUAUCUCAACUUUGUUCAGAAAUUUAAAAUAAUUAUGUGUGCGUCAUAAAGUAUUCAUAUAUUUAUUUAUCUAGUCCAUACUCGUUAAUUAAUCAAACUAGUGUUAUGAUAUAUUUACAUAGUUAUCGUAAAUUUAUUUAUGCAUAGAUGAAUACGUAGCUUUUUUUAUUAUCAUGUCUGGAAUUAAUGCCCACAAUUUUGAUUAGUUUACAUGUUGACAAUAACAAUUAUAAUGAAUCGGGUGUUUUUAUCAAGAUAUAAUCAAUCGGGGGUGGAAUUGGAAUGAUUCAACAUUUUGAAAUGACAUAAUAAACCCUGUACUUACAAUUAGCA